AUGGACAUCAAUUCAGGGGAGCGUGAAGCACGACUGAAUGUCCCAAUGGAAGGGGAAAUCCCUUUUGAAGAUAGUCUUCGAGAAGCCCUCAAAGAUCUACCUACCGAGCAAUCCAUCGUCGUGGUUCCCCAACCCGAGGGCGAAGCAAAGCAAGAAGAGCCAAAACCAGCGAUGAGAGACCAAGUCCCUAUAUCACCUCCAGUAUACGAAUCAGCCGGCAAAGUGAUCCCGCCGCCUCCAACCUCUGGCGACGAAAUCAGCACCUUCCAAGCAGCUCUCAUAUUCGUCAAGACCGAAGCUCGAGCCUUCGAUAAAGCUCUGGAUGACCUCUCCGAGCUAUCCCACGAUAUCUAUUACGGUCUCGAGAUUGCAAAGGACGCUCCCGUGAUGGAAAAGCUCCUCUGUCUCAUCAUCGGCUCCGGCUCCGAGAAGUUCCCCGCCAAGGAGAAGAGCCGUGACCACAAAGCUGCCAGUAUCAUCGCCAGCGCUGUUCAAAACAAUCCCACCGCCUUGAAAGAAGUAGGGAACCUAUGGAGCAUGCUCGUAUUCCCUACAUGUGGGUCAGAGUUUUAUGAAGCAAAGAGCCACGGGAAGAAGGACCUCGUGUCCAUUUUACGCAACCGUUUGGGCAGGGAGAAAGAUCCUCACACAUUGAAGGCGAAAGUCACAGCUAUCAGUGGUCUCCUUAAGGAGCCUGCCAUCCGCAAGGAUUUCUUGGAUAAAGGAGGUAUGGAGAUGCUCCUCGCUAUCUUUUUGAAGAAAGGCGUGGACUUCGAUAUCGUGAGGAAGAAGGUCCUGGAGCUUGUCAAUGACAACUUCCUAGAUGAAGGAAUGGGUGCUGCGCUUCGAGAGUGGCCGAAAAUGCCCGUCAAUGAGGGGAAGGUGUGUAGGACUAAGGGCCACAUGUUAGAGGAUGGAUGCUGGGAAUACCAGGUCGAUUCUUUCUUCAACGAGAGGCAGACGGCGUUCUGGGCGAAGGAAUUUUCGCAAAAAUUGCGGGAGAGGAGGGCAGAAUGGGGCAAUUCGAUACAAGACAGGGAGUUAUAA